AUGGCCCAAUCCAACGACCUCCCUACCCACAUUCCACCUUUUGCGAAACCGCUCGCUCCUUACGUCAAGCCCCGUCAGGAAGCUCUCCGCAUCCGCCAGGCAUUGACGUCGUACCUGCGCUCCUUUAUCGUGUUCGCUGACGAGACCGACCCCUCGAGCUAUACCCAGUCACACCUCGCCCUGUGCGCGCCCGGCGACGCCGUGGUUGAUGUCAAGCGCACCCCUGCCGAUCUCCCGGGCCUCCGAAAAGAAUACUUGAAGGCGUUGCAGGCCAAUGUUGCCGCCCGGAAGGACUACCGCGCAGUGUCUGAGGAUGUCGCGGGCCUACGACGUCAGCGGGUGCCUAAGAGCCGCCCUGUCGAGGCGGCCGAUCCGCAGGAACCCGGCGCCGACUUGCGAGAUUAUCUUCAGCUCCUGCGUGAUCGGCGGCGGCAUACCAAGCUUCAGGUGUUUCAGCAUUACCUGGAGGAAUUGAGAGCGAAGGAGUUGGAUGGAUUGAAAGAAAUAGAGACUGGGGAAGAUUCGAGUCAACAACAGCUCUUACUGUUUCCAGAGGGGCCAGAUGCAAAUGCGCCAGGUCACAAUGGCGCGGAGUCUGAUUUGGAGGACCUGGUACACAAGCUUGAACGGGCGGUCGUGCGUGCUCGGACUCGGUUGGACCAGGAGAAGCAUUUAUUCGAGAAAAUCAAGGUGCAGCAUGCCUCGAGGAAUGAUGCGUCGCCAGAUGAGGUCACUCCAGCUGUGAAAGCACGGGCAUUACAACGGACACGCGAUGAGCUGGUACAAUGGGUCGAGGAACGGCUGGUCAGUGAAGGUGAUCCGGAUGAAAGCCUUAUACAAGACCUCCCUCCCGAAGAAAUCGAAGAAGCCCAACGACUGCUGGAGCACCAGAAAAUACAAAUCAGCCAACAGUAUGCUAUAUACCUUCAAGCACGACGAGAUCUCCUUAGCGCCGCCUCGCGAGCCUGCCAACCCGUCACCGUGACCUCAAAACCUCCUCCGCGACCAACCUACAGAUCCGAGAUGAUUUCAGAGGAGGUACCAGCGCCAGACCCGCUGGACGUUCUAUCCUACACCAAUGAAACACUUAUACCACUCUCCAAGAGCCAGAAGGCUCUCGCACUCCAGAAAACCUAUCUCACCGGCCUCCUCGCAAAGGAGAAAUCCACCACCCUCCGCGCCCUUCACCGUCUCUCAGACGAAAGCCACCUCCUUCCUGAAUACCCCAUCCUCGCCCGACAACCACGCUUCAAACACGCGGUCGCAGCCCUAACCUCCCGCCAUUCCCCCCAGUCCACCGACAAACCCCAGCCUGACGAAGUAGUCGAAUUGGCCGAAGCAUGGGCCUUUGCUUCUGACGCCGCGGCGAGCAGUGAGCGGGAGUACGUACAACAAAAAUUGCUGCUGGGCACGGAGGUUGCGCAGGAUGCUCGCAAGUUGCUAGGCGAUGUUUACGGUACUCUCAACCAGGAUCUGGACGAGAUUUUGCGAGAGGGUGGUGAGCGGGAUCCGGAUGUGUCUGAUAUAUGGGCCUCGGAGGCCCGAUCUACGCGUAGGGCUGGGAUGGGGUUAUCGGGAGGGUCUAGGCUGGAGAAACGACCGAAGGGUCCUUGGUCAGGUUUGAAUGGGCGUGUUGGGGUUGAGUGA